UUUGGCUUCCAGGUCACGGCUGCUCCCCGCCCCUUACCCCCGCCGCGCUCAGUUCUGGCCGCCGUCGCCGCCAGGAUGAUCCCACCGGUGCAGGUCUCCCCGCUUAUCAAGUUCACCCGGUACUCGGCGCUGCUCGUGGGGAUGAUCUACGGCAAGAAGCGAUACGACUACCUGAAGCCGAUUGCUGAAGAAGAAAGAAGAAUAGAGGCAGAGGAGAAAAAGAAGCGUGAAGAACUGGAGCGGAUUGCAAAAGAGAUUGCAGAAGCAAGUGAAGAUUCCAUCCUGAAAUAGACAACAGAUUUCAUCUGAAUUUCACACAUGCCUAUGCUCUGAGCUGACCAGUGGCUUUUGAACUCUGUGUGAUAAUCUAUCAAUAAAGUACUUACUACUUCA